CCAAUCAGAGCAAAGAAGGGGGGCGGGAACGCAGCGAGUGGGUAGCAACAGUUGCCCGGGUGAGGACGAAGCGCCAUAGCCACGGUAGUCGUGGUGACAAGAACCCAGCAACGAGAAUCAACAACAACAACAACCCGAUUCACUGAAAAAAGCAUAUUAAAUCAAAAGUACGGCUGGAAAAGUCUCUCGGAAUAAGAGUCCAGGGUAACCCAAUGGCAACCCCAGCGUAUGUGAGGGAGCUGCAGCAGACCUCCCAGCCUCAGGGAGGCGGUGUGACACCCACAUCAGGCCAGGCUUCCACCGUGACGGCAGCUCCCCAACAAUUCCUGGCUGAACUUCAGACUACAGGGGCCACGCCUUCAGCGGCCCCACCCACCGGCCAGACCACGCCCCCUCCCUCGCAAACACAGAAGAGCCAGGCAAUUGCCCAGGCACCGCCCGCACAAGCCCCGCCCACUCAGACUCAAUAUGUCACAGCUGAGAUUCAGAGCUCACCUACGCAGUCCAGCAGUCAGAAUACUCCACAGUACAUUGUUGUCACAGUUACAGAGGGUUCUCUUCAUUCCAGUGACUCUGUGUCAGAUUCUAGUCCUCCUGCUGCUGUAGUCCAAACUGGAGUUCCCACACAGGUGGUGCAGCAGGUGCAGACCGCCCAACAGAGGUCAGUAGUUCAAGCUACAUCUCAGACAACGAAAACAGAGCCGGGCACCCAGCUGAAUGUCACCAGCCUACAAUCUGUACACCUGACACAGGAGAACCCUUUUCUCACACAGAGAGGAAGUGAUGCACAGAGAGAGAGUGAAGUGAAGAGAAAGAGACAGAUAGAAGACUGGUUGGAGCAUAGGGCAGCAGUAGUUCUACUAGAAAAAAGCACUUACCCGUUUGGAGACAGUUUAUCUUAUGCAUCUAUUAAUGGAGGUUUGCUGGAUUGCUCAUCCUGUUUCGCCCCAUCUCUACCUGUCGCCUUUUCACCCGUCACCUUCUCAGUACCCGUCAUGUCAGUGGGCUGGGAGAGAGACAGGGUCUCCUACACCUCUGCUCCUGUGCCAGAUGUGCAGUCUUACCUCUAUGAGAUGCCCUCUGCCCAUAGCGUACAGCAGCAGCUCCAACAGGUGCCAGUCCAGCAUGUGUAUACUAACCAGGUGCAGUAUGUGGAAGGAGCAGAUGCUAACUACACCAGCACCAUUCGUUCCAGCAGUUUCCCGUACACAGAGGCCCCUCUGUAUACCCAGACCACUGCAGGACAGUACUAUGAGACCACCCCUGCCUCUGGUUCUGAGGCCACGUCCCCCGGCACCCCUCUCACCGUCUCCGUGACCACAGGAUCCCCUGGGGUGUCCAUGUUUGUGGCGGGGACGGGGCAGAUCGUGGCCAAUCCUACGACGGUGGCAGGGGGCGGAGUCACAGCUGUAGUGGCCACCACUGGGACGGCGGCGAAUGGUUCUGGAGACUCCGGAGGCGAGGCCAACGGUAGCAGCGGGAGCUACGUGAUUCAGGGCGGCUACAUGCUGGCCGGUAGUGGGACCGGCAGCAGCGGAAACGGUCACGGUUAUCCGCACCCCACCCGUGCCUCUCCAGCCACCGUGAGUAUAAACGAAGGCGAGGACAAUAGCGUGCCGUCGGCAGACAAAAAGCUGUCCUCUGGCCCUCAGGUGCAGUGGUUGUUGGAUAAUUAUGAGACAGCGGAAGGGGUGAGUUUGCCCCGAUCUACACUCUACUGCCACUACCUGCUGCACUGUCAGGAGCAAAAGCUGGAGCCCGUCAACGCGGCAUCCUUCGGAAAACUCAUCCGUUCGGUGUUCAUGGGGUUGAGGACCAGACGCCUGGGCACACGAGGGAAUUCCAAAUAUCACUACUAUGGACUGCGGAUCAAAGCGAGCUCAUCUCUGCUCCGUCUGAUGGAGGACCAGCAACACCUGGCCAUGAGGCAGCAGCCCUUCUCCCAGAAACAGAGGCUGAAGCCAGUACAGAAGGUGGAGGGAAUCACUAACGGAAUGUCGUCAGGAUCUGGACAACAACAGCAGCAGCAGCAGAGCUCGGGUCUGUCGGACAUCAGCACCCAGGUCCAGCAGUACCAGCAGUUUCUAGAUGCGUCCCGAGCUCUUCCGGAAUUCCCUGAUGUUGACCUGCAGGAUAGAGCUUUACCAGAGGGCAUUGAGCUUGAACAUCUUAAAAGCUUUCAGUUGCUGUACAGAGAACACUGCGAAGCCAUUCUGGAUGUGAUGGUCAACCUUCAGUUCCCUUUGGUGGAGACUCUUUGGAAAACAUUUUGGAGGUUCAGUGAAAGUCAGGCAGGAGACUCAACAACACUAGCUGUGCAUGAUGAAUCGGAGAAGAGGCUGCCCAAGUCAUGUUUGGUACUGCUCUGUAAAUAUGAUCCAGUGCUUCGCUGGAGUCGUGACUGCGACAACACUCUGUACCAGGGCCUGGUGGAGAUGCUCAUCCCAGACGUUCUGAGACCUAUUCCCAGUGCCUUAACACAAGCCAUCCGAAACUUUGCGAAAAGUCUUGAGAGCUGGUUGACUAACGCCAUGAUGAACAUUCCUGAAGAGAUGGUUCGUGUGAAGGUGACGUCUGCGAGUGCGUUUGCUCAGACCCUGCGCAGGUACACCUCUCUAAACCACCUGGCCCAGGCAGCUCGUGCUGUACUGCAGAACACGGCACAGAUCAACCAGAUGCUCAGCGACCUCAACAGAGUGGAUUUUGCCAAUGUGCAGGAACAGGCCUCCUGGGUGUGCCGGUGUGAGGAUCGGGUGGUGCAGCGGCUGGAGCAGGACUUCAAACUGACCCUCCAGCAGCAGAACUCUCUGGAGCAGUGGGCAGCCUGGCUGGAUGGUGUGGUCUCGCAGGUCUUAAAGCCGUACCAGUCUAGCACUGCCUUUCCUAAAGCAGCUAAACUCUUCCUGCUGAAAUGGAGUUUUUACAGCUCUAUGGUGAUCAGAGACCUGACUCUCCGCAGUGCUGCAAGCUUCGGCUCAUUUCACCUAAUCCGCCUGCUUUAUGAUGAGUACAUGUACUAUCUGAUAGAGCACAGAGUUGCCCAGGCCAAGGGCGAAACUCCCAUUGCCGUCAUGGGAGAGUUUGCAAGUCUUGGUCGAAGUUUGAACCCACUUGAUCCUGAUAAAGAAGACGAAGAGGAGGAGGAAGAAGACAGCGACGAUGAGUGUCAGGAGUUGUCUCUGCAGUCUGAUGGGGGCGCUAUUGGGGACGAAUCUCUAGAACCGCCCGCGAAGCUGGCUCGAACCGACCAGAGGGUGCUGUUCACCACAGGAAGCAUGGAUAACUAAGAACUUAAAUACACACAUGCACAUAAACACACACAAUUUGCAACUACAAGCACACACUCCACAUAAUACUCAUCUAUCAUUCAUGCACUUAAACCAACACAUGCAUCUAAAAAACAAAUGCUGCAGCUUACAUAUUUACACAACAUUUCAGAUGUUCGUAUGUACAUUUCUAAGCCUGUCGACGUCUCAAAUGCACAUAUACACAAGUGCUCACUGAAACCCAGAGACACAAAUAGCGCCGCCCUCGCCCUCACACAAUCAUAACAUGAACACAAUCACCGAUAAACGCAUCAUAUCAAGAUCUUAGACAGGGUGUAGAGGUCACUAAGAAUAGCUCUCGGAUCUAAACCUGAUUCUGUCUCUAAUAGCUGUUAAGAUGCAGGAACACAAAUGAAACCUGCUGCAACUGGAUCCUAAGAGUCGUUCGCGAUGGACUGAACUCUGAUUGGCUACUGAAACAGGAAUGAAACUAUCAGUCAAGCUUUUAUUUUUUAACCUGAAAGGGUUGUUAGUGAGAAAAGAUGGACUGUAAGUGUGCGUGUUGUGUGUUGAUGUAUACUUUCUGCCUAUCCGUGUGUUGUUCGUGUGAUUGUGAGUGACCCGGGACCUUAGCGUUUUUAUCGGCUAGCGUGAACGUGUGUGUUUUGUGCAUGUGCGAAUGACCGUCCGUGGUUCUCAAUAAGUGUUGAUAGUUGUUUUCGUCAGUGGUACCUUUUUUAGUUCUUGAUGCCUUCAGUGACUGCCAUGUCAUUAAUUGUUUUAAGCAUAUUACAGCCCGGCUCUUUAAAACUCAGUUUCCCAUGAGUCUGAGUAUUUAUGAUUUUUAGGGCCAGUCUAUACAUACCUCUGUGAAUGACAGCAGUUUGCCAGAUAUGAGAGGAGUUUUUUUUCCCAGUAUGUUUUUCCUCUCUCUCUUUUUUUAAAUGGUUUUCUAACAUUUUUUGUCUUAUUUCGUUGCACUUUUUCUUCUUGCCAAACAUCGUCCUGAGCUUGGUACCAGACAUUAAAUGUUUCUGUGUUUACAUACUUUUUUCUAUGGUCACAAAGUGACAAUCUUGAUGUGUACAGCGUUGUCUAACACUGUUUAGUGCAUAUUUGAUGGUUUGCUGUGUAUUUGAGAUUUGGGUCAAGAUGUUUUACUAGAACCCUUCAGACAAACUUGACACCACUGCCCAUAGUAGCUAGCAAAUGUAAAAGUAGAGAGCGAGACGAACUUUCAGCCAAGACUCUUUCGUUUAAUUCAUUUCUUGUGUUGUGACGUAUUUAAUGAUCAAUUUGAGAGACCUACAGUACAUUAAAACUCUAUUAUAUCAUCUCAUUCAACAUAUGUAAACUAUGAUUAUAUCUGACGGAGUACUGAGCAGCGCACAAGAUGCUGACUGAUCUCAAACCAGCAUGAUGAUUUUCUUUCCCUCUGAUUCUCUUGACAGAACCACAGGAAACAUAUCAGAAGAUCUGGAGAUCCUCUCUGUAUGACAGCCAUUUUCAUAACAAAAUGAAUUUCCCUUUUCACUUUUUUGAAAUGGUUUGCAUUUCCUGCUCAAAAAAAAAAAAAAAAAAAGGAAAACAAAAAACAACAAAGUGUGGCAGUGUUUUGAGUAAUCUGAACCAUGAAUGGUUGUGCCUUUGCAGUUAUCAAAUAAAAUCCAGAUGUUUUUAAUUUAAAAUAUGAAUAAAUUAAUAAUUUCUAAAAUUGUGAA